GCGUUGACCUAAAUGUUGGGCUUUUUGGUGAUAAAAAGGAGAGGUGGGGGGUGUUUUGACUGUGCUUACCUAAGUUCAGAGUUUUUGCACCUACCUACCCAGUCGUGCCAGCCCUCUAAGGCCGCCCAGAGCUCCUAAUUCCCAGCUACGACUCUGCAGCCCAGUGCCCAAUGCACCAGCCUGGGACCAAAACGCGCCUGCACGUGUAGCGCCCCAAUUUAACCCCCGGUUCGGAGAGCCCCCAACCAACACAUCGAAGCCCACCUGGCCACCCACCCAUCCAUCCCAGCCAUGCCCAGCACUCCAGCGGCACCCUUUCAGCGCCAAAAGAUAACGGCAACAGGCCCAGCGAUUUCGUCUCGUUGCGAUCCAACAUCGCAAAAGGCGCCUGAUCUGCCUCACACGUGGGAAUGAGGAGGUUACCCGGGCCCUUGUUGGCGAUUCCCCCCUCCAAAGCGCGGCCGCCGAGAGUGCCUCAGGGCGCAUCUCCAGCAUCAUGGCCGCAGCGAUAUCGACCUAGCAGGGCGGCUUGCCUAUCGACGGCGACGACGACACCAACAACAACAACAACGCCGCCGCCGUCACAAGCAAAUUCUUCCGAGCAGAAAUCACCACCACAGACGCAACAACCGUUUCGCUUCGAGACCGGCGUCUCCCUCUUCGCCAAGCGAGCGCCGCGACCGUUCCCGCCGCCCUUCCUCUCCCCUCCGUCGGGCUCCUUCUCCGAUCCGCUCAGCACCCAUCACCGAAGCCGCGAUCGGCGCGCGAGAGUCGACGGACAAAUCAUCCUCGGACAGACAAACGGAGACGAUGCGGUGUUCGCCAGCGACAACUUUAUCUGUGCGAAUGAUGGUGUCGGUGCUUGGUCAACACGCCCGAGGGGCCAUGCUGGCCUCUGGUCUCGUUUGAUUCUACAUUACUGGGCGACAGCUAUUCAGCAAGAAGCCACCAACCCUCGCGCUGCGGGAGACGUCUACAAGCCCGAUCCGAUAGCCUAUCUCCAGACGGCGUAUGAGCAGACCCUGAAAGCGACUUCGGACCCGAACGACUGGCAAGGCACCACGACGGCGAGCGGAGCGCUGCUGCACUACAAGACUCUACAAGGCAGCGAGAAGGUGCCCCAAGUCUACGUCACCAACCUCGGCGACUGCCAAGUCAUGAUCCUCCGACCCAGGCACGAAAAGGUCGUCUACAAGACCAAGGAGCAGUGGCACUGGUUCGACUGCCCCCGCCAGCUGGGCACCAACAGCCCCGACACCCCCAACACGGAAGCCGUCUUGGACAUUGUGGAGAUUCAGGUCGGGGACGUGGUCCUCGCCAUGUCGGACGGCGUCAUUGACAACCUGUGGGAGCACGAGAUUGUUGACAGCAUUCAGAAGAGCAUAGAGCGCUGGGAGAAUGGGGAGUGCGGGGGCGACAGAGUCGAGGGCGACCGGACGGGCGGCGCCAACGGAGGUAUGAAGCUCGCUGCCGAGGAGUUGGUCGCGGCCGCGAAGAAGAUUGCGACGGAUCCAUUUGCGGAAAGCCCGUUUAUGGAACAUGCCAUUGAGGAAGGGCUACCGAGCGUUGGAGGCAAACUCGAUGACAUUAGCGUCGUCGCUGCGCUCGUGAGAAAACAGGAUGCAUGAUGAGGAGGGCGAUACCACGAUAUAGGGCAAUCAUGGGAAAUAGAUUUUUACGGAAAAGGUCCCGCAGGGGCAGGCUGCAAUUACCAUGGCAUGCGCCCUAUGCAAGUCGGGAUGACAGUGGCCAUCUUUUGGGAGGUAAUUGGCGUUUCUUGGCUUUUGACAUUCAGGACUCUAUGGACAGUGGGAAGUUUGCCGUUGAUUGAAUACAUCCAUUAUUCAGAUUUAGCAAUUUCGCAUAGGGAACCAUUUGCGAUGUUCGUUUCCGCAGAAAAUCCGUGAUACCUUUGCUCGAGUGACGUUGGCCACGGCCGUGGCCGGACAUGGUGGGGUUAGAUCGGCCUUCAUGGGCCCGACCUCUUAUCUUAUCGCAAUUUUUCCAGCAAGAAAUUUCGCGACUUUCAACGCAAACA